AAAUGGAUCCUUUUUGCUAACAUCUCCUCUCUAGCUUCAGAUCUGGAAUCAUUUCCGCCUUUAUUGAAAAUUUAGAUUCUUUUAUCCUCAAUUUUGAAGCCAAUAUCCAAAAGUUUUAAACUUUGUUCGAAUUGUAGUUUGGAAGGAGAAGAGAGAGCUAGCAUGGAGGAACACCACCAUUGCUGCAUUUACUCGAAGAUGCUCUCCAAGUGCACCUUCCCUUCACUCCUAAUCAUCUUCUCAAUCUUUCUAAUGGUUCGUGUGCUGUAUGUUUUGUACCGAUGUGGCAAACCUUUUCCCAAAGGAGCUUCACCCUCUUUUAGUACUCUCAUUGUUCUUGGUUCCGGAGGGCACACGGCAGAGAUGUUGAGUCUCCUCUCUGUUUUGCGGAUGGAUAGAUAUACACCCAGGUUCUACAUUGCUGCUGCUACUGAUACCAUGAGUCUCCACAAAGCUCGUUCCUUUGAAGAUUCUCUGGUUGACAAGUCUGCUGUUAAGGAAGCCUCUUUACAGUAUACACAAAUUUACCGGAGUAGAGAAGUUGGUCAGUCUUAUGUGACUUCUGUUUGGACUACUAUUGUUGCUAUUGUUCACGCUCUUUGGCUAAUGAUCCGGAUCAGACCACAAGUGAUUCUUUGCAAUGGUCCUGGGACCUGUAUUCCUCUCUGCGUGAUCGCUUUCUUGUUCAAGCAUUUCAUCUUUGGUUACAGGUGCUGGGAAUUAGAUGGUCAUCCAUCUUUUAUGUUGAGAGUGUAGCAAGAGUUAAGAGGCUUUCAUUAAGUGGAUUGCUUCUGUAUAAGUUAAGGAUGGCUGAUCAGUUCUUUGUUCAAUGGCCACAGCUGCAAAAGAACUACCCUCGGGCUCACUAUGUUGGCUGCCUCAUGUAAAGCCUGACUUUGGGAACCAUCCUUACACAUAUAAAUUUGCUACAGUAACUUACAAUACUCUCUGUUUAUAUACAUGAUCGAGUCACAUUUUUGUUAUACUACUUUAUCUUUGGUUGCUAUGAACUCAAGUUUUAAUUAAUGAAGUUUUGUAA